AUGUUUGACAAUCAAAGUUCGAAUAGCACGGGUAGUCCUUUAUUUGCCAACACAGAGAUAUCUAUGUCACGCACGGCUCGCUUUUGGAUUCUUCUCCUAUUAGAUGUUCCAUCCAUCAUUUGUACAUUGUUCGUUCUCUUCUGUGUCUUUAUGGAUCGAAAAUUACGUUCUAGCGUAAAAAACCAUUCUCUUGUUCUAUUGCUUAUUCUUGGCUUGGGCACUCAAUUAAUUGAUGUUCCUUUGUAUCUCAAUUUUAUCCUACAUUCCAGUGUUGUUCCACCGAAUCCGUCAACUUGUAUCGUGUGGUGGUUUAUGAACAUUGGUAUAUACAAUGGAGGAGCCAUACUUUUGGCCUGGACUGCUUUCGAGCGACACAUAAUCAUAUUUCAUGAUCGAUGGAUUUCAACAAGAAAGGGACGUAUAAUAGUGCACUAUUUACCACUACUUUUCUUAAUUCUGUAUAUUUUCACUUUCUAUAUUUAUUCAUUUUAUGGUCUUCCAUGCGAAAAUACUUACGAUUAUACAUUACCCUACUGUAAUGGAUCUCCAUGUUAUCACGCUGAUCCGAUUAUGGGCAUGUUCGAUUUAUUUACUAAUUUUAUUAUGCCAACUUUGUUGGAAGCAUUUUUCAGCUUUUCUUUCAUAUUUCGAGUGGUCUGGCAGAAAUAUCGUUCUCAUUUGCCGAUUCAAUGGCGCAAGCAGCGAAAGAUGACAAUUCAGCUUAUGUCCCUCACUGCUCUUAAUUUGUCUAGCAAUGUUCCACUCGGUAUUUUCCCCAUCGCUUAUUUAUGCGGUUUACCAAGCGAUAUUGGAUUUGAGGCUUUACAGUAUUUCGUUUUUCUUGCUUAUUUUGUUACUUUUUCCUUGCCCUUCAUCUGUCUUGCAUCGAUAACUAGCGUGUACAAAAAUUUUCGACAGAAAAUUCUUCGUCGACGACGAGAAAUUACACGUUUCGCAGCGACAGUCAGACCCGACAAUUUUGGAAUGAGUACGAUGGUCCAAAUUAAAUGA